AAUCCGAACGAUGCCUGUUUGUUUCCGGGUUGUCUAAAGCAAAUUUAACAUUGGCUUAUCCAACAGGAAGGGGAAAAAAGAUUGUUGUGUUAUGGCGUGGAGCUGGGAGGGAUGAUUACUGAGCAGCCACUCAGCACAUAAAUACACACCCCCUGUUACAGAGCGCAACACUGAAGCCAGGUCGCCGGUAGGAAGAAGAAAAAUCUGCCUUCUAACUACUAAUAGCUGAAACUCCGUCUGCCGAGGACUUUCUAAGACACUCCACUUUCCCAAGAACUGGUUUGCUUUUUGAAAUCACCCCGACAUCCACCAUACUGUUAAAAAAACAAAACAAAACAAAAAAAGACCCUCCCACUGUGUCUUUUUGAAGGACCAUGCAACCCCUGAAGAAGUACUUCACUGAAGGUCUAAUUCAGGUGGCCAUUGUUCUUAGUCUUGCUGGGAUGCAUGUAGAUGUAGAUCCUUACCUUCAUCCUCCGCAUAACCUCAACAUCCAAAGCCCAGAUCUGACUCAGACCCAGUCCAGCAUUCUUCAAAACUCUCCAGAAGGAUAUGGUCUCCAAAUGAAGAGCCUAGAUGUGGAGGCCUCUGUACCUAUUUCUAGGCUAUUGUACUGGAUACGCUCUCUUCAGCAAGUGCACGUUCCAACAGCACAGCUUGUAGCCUGGCUAGUCCACAGUGAGACGGACAACAAUGGGAUGACUAUGCCUAGCCUAACUGGUUCCUGGGAUGGUAAUGAUGAGCUGGUGGACAUUGAGGACUCAACAAGUUUGACCAUGAGGAUGGGAGGUGAAGGGAUUGGAGAAUUCGAUUCGAAUAAUCCUGCUAUGGAUGAUGGGAGUUUGGGGGUGGCAACCACAUUCUCAAGAAAUCAAAUGGAUUAUGAAGACAUUAAAGAGGAAGCAGAGGAAUUUCCACUAUGGCAGCAAGAAUUACACCAAAAUGUUCACCAGGAUCAGCUACUUCAAGGACAAAAUCACUACAUCAGUCUGCUUGAUGAAGAUGAUGAGGAUGAAUUGAUGGUGGACAGGUGGCACCAUGCAAACCCGUUUCAUUACCCAGCGACCAGUGUGCGGGGGAAUGUACAGUUUACAGGUUUGCAGGAGGAUACCUUGUUGUCCACAGAGGAAGGUCUGCAAUUAAUGGAGGCUACUUUCCCUCUUGGACAAGAUCAAUAUUUGGCAGAUCUUGAUCCCGUGAGAGCUGAUGAAAACCUAAUGCAACGUCACGUGCCUCUUUUCUCACCUCUGUUGCCUCAAUAUGAGCCCUUGCUGGACCUAGAACAGCAAUGGCAUGAUGUUUUGGCAGUCUUGGAACCACAGGACAUAAAUGCUGAAGACUUCUUGGACAGUUCUCACCUCAAUGAUGCAGGAAGAGCAAGAGAAAGUCUUCCUCAGUUUCCAAGCAACACAACAAUUGGACAAGACCAUUCACUUUCUGAUCAGAAUAACAUCUCUUUGAAUGUUUCCAACUCCUCUAAUGUAAAUUUGAGUUCCAUUGACUCAGACAUCAUAGACUUUCUUCUUUCUCCUACACCAGAAAGUACAAAUGUCAGUAUACCUGGCUUCUCUAUGGAGGAACCGAGCCCGUUGAGUUUUUUUGGUCCACUAUUGAAAGAACCCAUGCUUGAUGAGAAUGCCUUGUUGGAUCUAGCUCUGGGGAACAGCUCGGGACAAUCGGAGGUUUUCCAAAAUGAGGACCAAACAGAUUCUGACUCUGGUCUUUCCUUAAACUACAGUCAAAGUCCUGUUUCCCCAAGUAGAUCUGAAUCCUCAUGUUGCUCAUCAUCAUCCAGCUCAUCCAGUUCAUCGAUAUACUCGAUUCCUGAGGAGGGUGCUGUAGGCUACACUCGCAUCAAAGAUGAGCAGACGGAUGAGGAAGGCGCUGUUGGAGGUUACACCACAGAACAAGGCAAAAUGUGGUAUACAAAUUACCUGCAAUUCCAAUAUUCACCCUGGCUUGAGCAUAUAGUCCAUGAUCACACCUACAACCAGCCCCAAUAUACCAGUCAAAGAAAGCCUCCAAAAGAAGACUCAGAGGAGGUGCUGGAAUAUAAAUUCCAAGAAGGUCUAUGUAACAGGGAUGAGAAGCGAGCACGUGCCAUGAGGAUUCCAUUUUCAACUGAUCAUAUUAUUAACUUACCUGCUGAAGAGUUCAACGAUCUUCUCGCCAAGCACCGCUUAAGUGAGGCUCAACUCGCACUUAUUAGAGACAUUCGACGUAGGGGCAAGAACAAGGUCGCUGCGCAAAACUGUCGUCGCAGGAAGCUGGAUGUCUUGGAGGAUUUGGAGUGUAGCGUUAAUGGCCUACGGCGUCAUCGUGCAAGGCUUCUCCGGGAGAAAUCGGAAGUCCUGCACUCAGUUAGAGAGAUGAAACAACACCUUAAUGACCUCUAUCAGGAGGUGAGGAGUAGACUCAGGGAUGUGGAAAGGAUUCCCUGCCCAGUUAUGGACUUUACACUGCAACCAGGCAAAGACAGUCAUGCUUCGAAAUCCAGACGGAAGUCUGGCAAGAAGCAGAAAGACAAGGAGUGAGAAUAAGAUGGAAUACAUUUAUGCUGUUUUUGUGCCUGCAAGCCAGACUUUUCUAGAUUCAAUGGACAGGUCAUGACUGAAUUUACCUACCAUUCUUUUUGCAGCGGAGUUGACUUCUGCUGUAAUUUAGUGGCAAAAAAUACACAAAGCUGUGGUUACGUGAAGUAAUUUGAUAAAGAGGUGCAGCUUGUGAUAAGGAAGAAAACAUUCACUGUGACAGGAAAUCAAUGUUUGUAAUUGACAACAAACAUGAAAUCCAUGAAAAUGGAGAAAUUACUGCUCGUAACACUGGAUUCAUCCUAAAAUUGACGGGUCUUAGCAACGAGUUUUUUUUGUUUUUUUUAAACAAUGGAGAAAAUUAUAAACCAUCUUAACAUUUUAAUAAUUUAUUAUUAAAAUUAUUUACUUAUUUAUUUGCCCAUUAGCACUGCCCCUUUAAUUCAGUAACUGUAACCCAAAUCUUGAAAAAACAAAGAAGUUACUAUACACAUCUGAAUAGUAGUGCUCAUGAAAUAAAUGUUUAAAUUCAUUUUGCAGCUAAAGGGGUCCCUGCCUGCAAACUGUUUAAAAACCCUAUUGUAUUAAAAGGUUUCUGGGUUGGGAGAACAGGAAUGGAACUGUAAGGUGCAAGUCAAAACAUUUGGAAUAAACAAGUAAAGAUUCUUGGAUCCCAGAUUUAAGGCUGUGUCCAUCAUCGUUUUCUUCCUCUGAAACCAAUAUUCAUCUAUACCUUAACACAACAUUAAGCAAUACUGUUAGUGUUUAACUGGAUCAAAGUCUCAAACUAUGAAACACUUAUGGAUUGUAAACACCUUAAUGUUAAUCAGGUUUAAGGUAUAACUCAUGUAUUAUUCAAAUGGUUAUCUGUAGAACAAUAUGAUUCAACACAGUCACUGGUUGGGCACACUGCUUUUUGUUUUCGAUCUUUCCCUGGUGUAUUGUACUUUAACGGUGCAUUGAUACGAGUUUUGCUUAGACCUUGUGAUGUUUUCCUGGUUUUUUGUUUUGUCUUUUUGUGUUUGACAAGCCGGACUUGUUUUCUAUGUUUGAUUAAAGAUAUCAGAAACUGUC